UUUUAAGGACGAGAAGCUUUUUGGAUUCUGUGCCUCCCUGCUUCCAGUUAGGGUGUAUAAGUGUGUGUGGAGAUAGAAGCAGGGAUUUUGCAGAGAUGAGCAUACUUCAUCAGCUCUUGGAUUAAUAUUAAGAACAAUAUGUUUCUGAAAAUUAGCUUUUCAACAUGAAUGUGAAAGAGUUCCUAGCCAAAGCCAAAGAAGACUUUUUAAGAAAAUGGGAAAGUCCCCCUCAGAAUACUGCUGGCCUAGAUGAUUUUGAAAGGCAAAAAACUCUUGGAACAGGAUCAUUUGGGAGAGUUAUGUUGGUGAAACAUAAAUCCACAGAACAGUAUUAUGCUAUGAAGAUACUGGACAAACAGAAGGUUGUCAAACUGAAGCAAAUAGAACACACGCUGAAUGAAAAGAGAAUAUUACAAGCAGUGAACUUUCCUUUUCUUGUAAGACUGGAGUAUUCUUUUAAGGAUAAUUCUAAUUUAUACAUGGUAAUGGAGUAUGUCCCUGGUGGCGAAAUGUUUUCGCAUUUAAGAAGAAUUGGAAGGUUCAGUGAACCACAUGCACGAUUUUAUGCAGCUCAGAUAGUACUAACGUUUGAGUACCUCCAUUCAUUAGACCUCAUCUACAGAGAUCUAAAGCCUGAAAAUCUUUUAAUUGAUCAGCAAGGAUACAUCCAGGUCACAGACUUCGGCUUUGCAAAAAGGGUAAAAGGAAGAACUUGGACGUUAUGUGGAACUCCAGAAUACCUGGCACCUGAAAUAAUCCUCAGCAAGGGUUACAACAAGGCAGUGGAUUGGUGGGCAUUAGGAGUGUUAAUUUAUGAAAUGGCAGCUGGAUAUCCCCCGUUCUUUGCAGAUCAGCCCAUUCAGAUUUAUGAGAAGAUUGUGUCUGGCAAGGUGGGUGAAGUCUGCCUUUACAUUUCA